AUGGAAGGAAAGAAUCAAACAGAACUUACAGAAUUCAUCAUCUUGGGGUUCUCCAAUCUAAAUGGAUUGGAGUUUUUUCUAUUCACCAUCUUCCUUCUAACUUAUAUGUGUACUUUGGGAGGAAAUGUAUUCAUUAUCUUGGUGAUUAUGGCUGAUCCACGUCUACACACACCUAUGUAUUAUUUUCUAGGGAAUUUGGCCUUUCUUGACAUCUGCUAUACCACUACAAAUGUCCCCCAGAUGAUGGUGCAUCUUCUAUCUGAGAAGAAGAGCAUUUCCUAUGGGGGAUGUAUGGCUCAACUUUUUGCAUUCAUUUUCUUUGUAGGUUCAGAAUGUCUCCUUCUAGCAGCAAUGGCAUAUGAUCGCUACAUUGCCAUCUGUAAGCCCUUAAGGUAUUCAGUUAUUAUGGACAAAACCAUGUAUAGCCAGUUAGCAGCCUCAUGCUGGACUGGUGGUUUCCUCAAUUCAGUGGUUCACACAGUAUUGACAUUUCGCUUACCAUUCUGUGGCAACAACAAGAUUAAUUAUUUUUUCUGUGACAUACCUCCUUUGCUGAUUUUGUCUUGUGGUGACACUUCUAUCAACCAAAUGGCAUUGCUCACCAUUGGAGUCUUCAUUGGGUGGACUCCUUUCCUGUGUAUUAUCCUUUCUUACCUCUACAUAAUCUCCACCAUUUUGAGGAUCCAUUCUUCAGAGGGGAGGCACAAAGCCUUUUCUACUUGUGCCUCCCACCUGAUCAUUGUCCUUCUAUAUUAUGGCAGUGCCAUUUUCACAUACGUAAGACCAAUCUCAUCUUACAAAUUAGAGAAUGACAGACUAAUCUCAGUAUUGUAUAGUGUUGUCACCCCCAUGCUAAACCCUAUCAUUUACACACUGAGGAAUAAGGAUAUCAAAGAAGCUGCGAAAGCUGUGGGGAGAAAGUGGAGGCCAUCAACUCCCUCUUUUGACAUGUAA